UAUUUACUUCUUUAUUAAAUAAAAGAUUAGAAGAUUGGUUUAUUAAAUAUGAUAUUUUGUGUCAGGAGCAAAUACGUUUUCGACUUAUCAGGAUUAAAUAUUUGUAUUAAUUAAAUGCAUUGGUGCAGUUGAAAUUCCAAAAAAGAGAGGAAAACUUUAUGCUGUUUUUGUCGACUUUUGAUACCGUUAAUCAUAAAGUUUUAUGGUCUCUAUUAGUAAGAAUGGGUAUGAAUAAACGGUUUCUUAGUCUUAUAAUUGAUAUAUACUCCAAAGCUACUGCAAGAGUAAAGAUUUUAGCCGAAACGACUGAUUCGUCUGGUAUUGACAUUGCAGUUUUACAGGAUGAGAUUCUGAUCCCACUGCUUUUUUAUUUACAUGUUAAUGGCUUGAUAGUGCGAUUUACUAAAUCUUACCUGGGAUUUCUCUUUCUGAUCAAGUUGAGUUACAUGUAUUAUUGUAUGCUGACAACAAUGUAAUCUUUGCUGAUACUCCACAAAUGUUACAAAAGAUACUUUCUCUUGGUACAUAACAGAGAAAGUAUUGUAAUAUCUUUCCGUGUAUAUGCUAGCUUACUAGUGCGUAAAUCUAGCCUUAUGUUUUGGUUUGUUUAAAAUAUAUUUUGUUCGUCUCCUUAGAUUUUUUUCAGGUAAUUUUAAUUUAUUUAUUUUUAUGAAUUAACUCGAACAGAUGGAGAAUAUAUUGAAGUCUGUCUCGUGUCAAAGCUUAGAUUUAACGAAUGAAAAUCUUCCAAAGCCAGUUGUAGUUAAGAACUUAAAAGGUCAAAUAGGAAAUCAAUAUUAUGUGUUUACUGAUGAAGAGAAGUUAAAAUUCAGAAAAUCUAAACCGAAGAAACAAAUUGACAGUGAAGAUGAAGAGGAAGAAAAGGAAGAAAAGCUUUCGAAGGAUGAACGAUCUUUGAGUAUAUUAUCCAAACCAAGCAUUUCUAGAGUUAAUGAUUUUAUUAUUGUAUCAGUCUUGUUUGUUGUUAUUUGCAUAAUAACAGCAAUAAACAUAUUUUCAAAAAUGAUCUAUCAUGAAGAAACAAUUGGACAAUCUUCCUUCAACCUAAAUAUAAUUGACAUCCUGUUACUACUAGCGAUUGCUAUCGCUUCUUGUUUUGGAUUUUUAAUAUAUUAUAAUGGAUAUAUAAGUGAUGGGGAUCUUCUGAAAAAAACAAGCAAGCUGAAAAAGAAAUAUGCAGAAAUGAAUUCGUUUGAGCAUCAUAAUCUUUGGUAUGACAGUUCUUGCGAUAUUCCUUUCGAAAAAUAUGUUAUUAAUUUAAAAGUAGUCGAAGAUAAAAUGGUGGAAAAUUCUUUAAGAAAUGAAAUAUUUUUAUUAGAAGACAUAUUUACCAUUAAAAGAAUUUCUAGUCAAAAGCAAUUUAUACUGGUAACUGGAAAACCAUUUUUUGGUAAAACAACAUUGGUUAGAAGAUUGGCAUACGAUUGGUCUACAAGAAAGAGUCUUCAUUACCUGUCACGAUACGACAUAUUAAUUGUCAUUCAGUUACGAGAAUUAGGGAACAGAACGAUUAUUGAGGCCAUUACAGAAACCAUUUUAGGAACUAGAGAUGAAAAUUCAAUUAACGCCUUCGUGAAAUCAAAAUUAAACUUUCUCAUUCUGUUAGAUGGAUACGAUAACAUGGUUAAGAAGCAAUUGUUCUUAGAUUUUCUACGGUCAUCAAUAAAUAAUCCUUCACCUAAAAUGACGGUCGUUUUAACAAGUAACGAAAAGGUUUCAAAAACAAUCAGAAUCAAAUUCGAUUGGCAUUUUUCUUUGACUGGUUUGAUGCAAGAAGAUCAGAUAAGUUACGUGGCACAAGUGUUUGUUGACGAUGUGAAGAAAGGAAAAAGGAUGAAAGAAAUAUAUUUAGAGAACUUGGUCUUUCUGGAAGAUUUAACAAUAUGCCCACAAAUGAUGAAUAUUUUAUGCAGUAUUCAUAAACACGAGGAAGAAUUUAACGUAACGAUAACGACUUUAUAUAUCAAAAUAAUUGAAAUGCUAAUUCGUAGAUAUUGGUCAAAAUACGGUUAUAAUUAUUUGCUGAAAAAAUCAUCAUUCGUAGAAGGCGAGAAACUGUUAUUGCGAUUGGGGAAAAUAAUCUUCGAAAAUCUAAUUAACGAUAAACAUUUUGUUCUCGAGAAAGAUUUAAAAAAAGAAUUUUCCAACGAACAGGAAUUUGAAAUUAUUUCACAGUUAAAUAUCGUUCCUGUCACAAAUUUUGGAGACGAUAUAGCAAUUUCUACUUUUCAUCAGAUGUUGAUCGAAUUUCUUGCUGCCUUCUAUGUAUUUAAUUUAGAAUAUAAAAACAAUAAAUAUUCUGUGGAAGUAUACGGAAUUACGGUGAUAAAAGGAUAUUUUAAAAAUUUUUUACGUUUCAUAUUUCUUUAUGGCAUGCAAACUUUCUGGGACUUUGAUAGAUUGGAAAGAGACUUAACAGAAGGCGAAAACUUAUACAAUAUGAAAAGAACACGAAUAAUUCAAUUUCCUGGAGAUUUGGAAAUAUUUCAGAUAUGCAGAGAUAAGAUUUCAGAAGAGAGAUUUGCAAAAUUCUGUAUGAUAAAAGCUGAUAUCACUUAUAACAUAGAGUGGGAUUCAGUAUCCACUCUAAGGGAAGUUCUAAGUCGUAAUCAAGUUGAGCUUGUAACAAUUUUUCUUCCAACAAAUAAAGAAAAAUGGAAGAGAGUACAAAGAGAUGUUGUCUUGUUGCUAAAGUCAAAUCCCUCAAUUAGAUAUGUUUGUUUUCAAUUAAAUUCGUGUCCUUGUUACAUCGACGAACAUAAACAUGUUUUUGUAGAUUUGCGAAGUUUACUAGAAGCUGCAAUUUCUGCAAUCGAUAUCGAAUCAACUGUUAUUGUAGAAAUAGAACAUAAAUUUAGAGAUUUUAAAAAAAUAAGUAGAAAUUUUCGAUCUGAAGAUUUUUAUAGAGAAGAAGAAAUUGUUAGUUUAGUUUAUUUUGCCUUAAACCAAAUAAACCAACCUCCAUUUUCUGUAAAACUUGGCAAAAUUCAUUUGCAAUUUAGACAAAAAAUUGAAUUAGAAAUGGCAAGAGAAAUGAUUCUUUUCGUAUCUGAAAAACAAAUUGAAACAUAUUCUAAAUAUUCUUGGUGGCAGGAUUUGUUAAUGAACACUCUUAAUUGGGUGGAACAUCAACCUAGGCAUUACACGCUGCAAAUUGAUGAUCAUGAAAUUAUAUCAAUUUUAUAAGUUUUAUUUUAAAAUGCAAUUGUUUUUACUAAAAAUGUUAAUUUAAAAAAAAAUCUGUAAUUUUGUGAAGUAAAUACGCAUAAUUUAAGUAUUAAUUGGGAAUUUAAAACAUAGAUAAAAUGUUAAUUCAAAUAUACUUUUGUAAUUUUUAAAAUACUCGUAAGUUUAUGUACAGAUAUUUAGUGAAAUUAUAUUUAUAUCACUAAUAUAAAAACGGAAAUUGCGAAUUGAAAUAUAUGUAUAUAUGUGUAUAUAUAUAUAUAUAUAUAUAAUUAGAA